AUGGAGAUUGGAGAUUUCAAGCGACCUAGGGAUUACCAGUUAUCCUUUAACCAAAAAGAGGCAGAUCCACAUCCCUACACAGGAGUCCUGGUAAUCUCAUUACCUAUCGCUGAAGUAACCAUCCCAAAAAUUUUAGUGGAUACAGGAAGUGCUCUCAACAUUCUCUUCAACAACACCCUCAAGUGGAUGGGUAUAUCUGCCAACUUCCUACGACCAUACUCAAAUAUGGUCCUUGGACUAAGCGGAGCCCUGACCUCGGCUAAAGGAUUGAUCAAGCUCAAAGUUGAGUCUGGAUUGACACCUCGUCAAGUAAAGAAAAACUCUGAGUUCUUGGUGUUCGAUACUCCGUCACCUUAUGACGCCGUCAUGGGGCAACCAUUGAUAUUUAGUUUGAAAGCAGUGGAGUUACUAUACCACUAUUCAAUUCAAUUUCCCACUCCCUAUGGUGUGGGAGAAGUCAAAGAAAACAGGGAGCUCGUUGACACGUGUCAAUUAAAAGCCUACGGCCCCCGUCUGUGUAACCUCUUGGGAGUGCAUAUGGCUCACGUAUGGGAUUCCGAACUCAGUUCACUAGACCAGCGGAUCAAAAUCGAAGGGGAAAAACUCGUCGAAGAGUUGGAAGGAGUCCAAGUUUGUGCAGAUGACUUGUCAAAAGAAUUGAAAAUCGGACGCAAGCUGCAACUCCCCAUCAGAAGUGAAAUUGUGGCUUUUCUCAGACAAAACCUUAAUGUAUUUGUCGGGGACCACAGGGACAUGAGAGGAAUAGACCCCAAAACUACCUGCCACAAAUUGCAGGUAGACCCCUCAGUUCGGUCAAAACAGCAAAAACGACGGUCCCUAAAUCCCGAAAAAUAUGAAGCACUCAACAAGGAGGUGCAGAAACUGUUGCAUAGCAGUUUCCUUUGA